GGGCGGGAGGGAAGGAACCGGCUCUUAAAUAGGGCAGAGCUGCGGGCGGUGCGGGCAGAGCGCAGCGGCUCCGGAGGCGCGGCCAUGGGGAUGCUCAGCCUGCCGGGAUUCCUCUCCUGCGGGAAGAAGAAGAACUUCAGUUUGUCCAACGAGAAAGAUGCCCACAUCGGUGACAGUGAUGAGAACCUGGAGCGUGGCAACUGGUCGAACAAAGGCGACUACCUGCUCUCCAUGGUGGGCUACGCUGUGGGCCUGGGCAACGUCUGGAGGUUUCCCUACCUCACCUACCAGAACGGCGGAGGUGCUUUUCUCAUCCCAUACACCCUGAUGUUGGCCUUAGCUGGUUUGCCCUUAUUUUUCAUGGAAUGUUCCCUUGGGCAGUUUGCCAGCCUGGGGCCGAUUUCCAUCUGGAGAAUACUACCGCUCUUUCAAGGAGUGGGCAUCACGAUGGUCAUCAUCUCCACGUUCGUGGCGAUCUACUACAACGUUAUCAUUGCUUACGCACUCUACUACUUGUUUGCCUCCUUUCAAAAAGUGCUGCCGUGGUCAGACUGCUUCUCCUGGGCGGAUGAGUUCUGCAGCAAAACACGAUUAGUGAGUGACUGCAACGCAACCUUUGAUGGAGAUAUCAUUCAUGCAAACUACUCAUUCAUCACAAGCAACAACCUCACCUGUAUUAAUGGCACCGUGAACUACAAACCAGUGCAAUUCCCCAGUGAGCAAUACUGGAAUAAAGUGACUCUUCAGCGCUCGAGUGGGUUGGAUGAGACUGGCAACAUCGUGUGGUACCUGGCUCUCUGCCUCCUCCUGUCUUGGGUGAUUGUUGGAGCUGCAUUGUUUAAGGGAAUAAAGUCUUCUGGUAAGGUUGUGUACUUCACUGCGCUCUUCCCAUACGUCAUCCUGCUCAUCUUGCUGGUGCGAGGUGCCACCCUGGAGGGUGCUUUGGAUGGCAUCGAAUACUACAUUGGGAGGCAGUCCAACAUCACCAAGCUGAUGGAGGCAGAGGUUUGGAAAGAUGCAGCCACCCAGAUAUUCUACUCCCUGUCCGUGGCAUGGGGUGGGCUGGUCGCUUUGUCCUCAUACAAUAAGUUCCACAACAACUGCUACUCGGAUGCUAUUUUGGUUUGUGUGACCAACUGUGUCACCAGCGUCUUCGCUGGGUUUGCGAUAUUCUCCAUCCUGGGACACAUGGCAUUCGUGUCCGAGAGGCCCGUCUCGGAGGUCGUGGACUCAGGAUUUGACCUGGCGUUUGUAGCCUACCCCGAGGCUCUCUCCAAACUCCCUGUUUCUCCGCUGUGGUCCUUCUUGUUUUUCUUCAUGCUCCUGCUCUUGGGCCUUGACUCUCAGUUUGCCACCAUAGAAACGCUGACAACCACCAUACAAGAUAUAUAUCCCCAAGUGAUGAAGAAGUUAAGACUGCCUAUAACCCUGGGUGUGUGCGUACUGCUCUUCCUCCUCGGUCUGAUCUGUGUUAGUCAGGCAGGGAUUUACUGGGUUAACCUCAUAGAUCACUUCUGUGCUGGCUGGGGAAUCCUUAUCGCAGCUGUCCUGGAGAUAAUAGGCAUCAUUUACAUUUACGGAGGAAACAGGUUCAUUGAAGACAUUGAAAUGAUGAUUGGAAAGAAGAGCCGUUGGUUUUGGAUGUGGUGGAGAAUGUGCUGGUUUUUUGUCACUCCUGUGCUGUUAAUGGCAAUUUUGGUCUGGUCUUUGGUCACGUUUUCACCUCCCACUUACGGCUCAGUGGUGUACCCAGCGUGGGGAACUGCUGUUGGCUGGUGCAUGAUCAUCUUCUGUGUCAUCUGGAUCCCCAUCGUUGCUAUUGUGAAAGUAGUUAAAGCUGAAGGAAAUCUUUGUCAGCGCAUUGUAAGCUGCUGCAGGCCCACUGCAAACUGGGGGCCCUAUCUGGAAUGUCAUCGAGGAGAAAGAUACAGCCAUGUUGUAGAUCCCAAAAAGGAAAAGGAACAUGAGAUUCCUACUGUGUCUGGCUUCGUAUACACCCAACAAUGACGGCCGUUUGGAUGAUGACUUUUUAACAUAUGUGUGGGGGUCUUUUUCUUUAGUUAUUAGAAUGUGACAAUGCAAAACAACAACAAGCAAAUCAACCCCCUGCCCUACAAAACCCAGCCCCCAGAUGGAAGCGAGCCAUGUUAUUUGUUUUCAGUGCUGUAUGUUUGGGGAAGAAGAGGUAAAUCAGACACUGAGAUGUCCCCAGAUGUUUAGGUUGAGAGGGCAGGAAGAUGCGUUGCAGCCUCCCCAUGCUGAUGGACUGGGCAUGCUUCCCCCCAUCCACCCAGUAUCCAGCUGGACUGCAGAUACAGGGGUGGAAGAGAACAAAGGCACAUCCUGAUGCUGCACAGCUACAGGGAAUUUGAGCCAAGAGGUGCUGUGCCUGCAUGCCCUGCUGUGCCAUGAGCAGUCGCUGCCUUCCGCUGUGCUUUGCCAUCCCCGGUGCUGUGCAGUCAGCAGGAGGUGGAUGGGUGCGCUGCUGCUGGCACUGCAGCUCAGGGAACAGGAACCAUUCUUCUCCCUAAGCCUUGCUCAGUGCUGUGAGGCUGCUCAGGAUUUGAUGCUGACUACAGUAUGUGUGUGUGGAUUUUGUCUGUGCAACUAAAUAUUGAGUGGCAAAACAAGGAAGCAAGGCCUCAACCUGGUGAAAAGCAGGUUUCUUUCUAUUUCUGGUUUUUCCCCUUGGGGUCUCCUAAGAGCCACUUUCUGUGUCAUGCCCUAUGCUCAGCAUUCAUCUCUCUGUAAUUCAAAGACCCUGUGUUUCCAUAUAGAGAAUGCAAUAGUAACUGUUGAAUUCUGGUGCAUCUGCUCUCCUCCACCCACCAAGGCAUUACCUAUCGGUUUGUUCUCUGCAUCUUUCACUCAGACUUGGGUUUUCCUUUCCAAAGAAGACCUGAAGUGUGGUUCAGUGUUAUCAAGGUUGUAGUAGAGCUGAAAGAAGAGGAACUUACCCCAAGUGAAGGUUACAACUGCCUUGUAGCUCUGUUUCUUCUAAAUUGGCCGAAAUGAUGAGAUUACUGAAGAGUCAGGAAGCCUGUCAUGCAUUUGGGAGCACAGAUUUGCUCCCUAGGCAGGAGGGGGCCAGGUUAAGAGAACCUGACUUUACCUGUGGUACAGCUGAAUUGCUGGUAACAGACCUGUGGAUUGAAUGAAUACACUUUAUGUGCUGUGGAUCAUCUCUUUUACUGUGAUAAUGGUUCCUUGGGACCAAUGCAGCAGGGUUUCUAGCUGUCACUUCCUCUCAGGGCUUCAUCAAGUGUUUCUGGACAUGAAGGAGCGUGGAUAGUGGCUUGUUGCCCAAGCUGCAUAGCUUGGUCUAUGUUUUAUACCGGUGGUUUUGUGUCAAAUCAACACUUCAUGCCAAAUAAAAUGUGAUUUUCUGUUUUUAAUGG